ACGAUAUGACUAUCUAUGUUUAUAAGCUGCUCAUCAUUUCCCGCUCCCGAAUGCUGUGGGUGCCAAUCCCCUCUUCCCUCGCUGAUAAGGUACGGAGGACGGCGGUCCACUCAUCAGGAAGCAAUCUAACCCGACCGCUCCGGCGGUCCGCAAUGCUGACCUGCGAAACUAGCUCAGUUGAGCUGUGCUGGUCAGCUUCGGCAGGUGUACCUAAAUCCAAUUGCACCAUCCUCAUUUAUCAGCCUACUCUCUGCUCUCGAUGCGACUGUGUGCGGUGCAGCCGGAGUGCGUCCGGCGUAACGAGGCCUUCACUGCAGUACGUACAGACAAAUCGAGGCUUCCAGCGAGAGCCAAACGACGAUGUGGGAAUAUCGCCGGAUAUACUCCAUUUGAGACCGCGGCGCCGCAAGCAAUGUUCCCGGUGCUGGUUGCGCCAGCGACGGACGAAGCUGGCGGGAGAUUGACACCGUCUCGCACAGCGCGUCUUCAUUCCGUCAGCACUACGAAGCAAGCAGGGACCAUGGCUCCUCAGAUGAGCUCCGGAGAGCGGACCGAGCAGGGGUAUGCAGGGUCGAUGUAGCUGCGCUUGGACGUGCGCUGACCCGACCGCAGGCGCCAAAGAUAUAAGGCGAUUGAAUUGCCACGGCAACCAAUCAUCGUCUGCAUGUAGUGUAUGUACCAUUUGCAUUAGCGACAAGUCAUUGUAUGACGCACCAAAGAUUCUGCCUUGACCUGGUCCACCAUACACGAGCCAGUUCACUCCUGUUUGUACAACGAUCCCGGUUCGCCCAGCUCCCGAUCCCAUCAAAUCGCCUUCCUUCCAAUCUUCCCAGACACGACGUCUCGAUCGCUGAGUGACAAGAUUCGCAUCUCAAUAGAUGGAAGGCUGCAAGACAGGUCGAGGCAAGUGUUUGAUCGUGUACACACCUGUCACAUACCAGGAGAGCCAGCAAUCGACGCGUGAACAUGGUUCGCCCUCUUCGCUCAAUGGGGUGUCAAAGUCGGCGCAGCUGUGCACAACAGCGAACGAAGGGCGAGGAUUCCGUGUAUCGCACACUGAUCGCAACGGGCACACUUGACCGCUGAGGGUGGUGCGGAGCCGGAGCCGACAACGAAAUCCGACUACUAGGAUAUCGGUCGGUUUUCAGGGCGGCUCAUUCGCACAUCGCUUGUGCCAAUGGGCUGUUGGCAAGCUUGGAGCAUCGCACGUUCGAGCUGAGAUCAGAGUAUGACACGCGGAAACAAUGGUGGAGACGAACGUAAUGGAUGGUCGCGUUUUGACCGUUUCAGGUUUGCUGGUCCUCUCCCCGGGUGGGUACGAACAAGAACGGCAGCAGCAGCGAAAGGAAGCAGAUAAGCGCAGCCGGCUCAGAAGGAAGAACGUCGCGACCAGACAGCCUUCCGGCACUUCCAGCAAAGUGCUGGAAAGCUCCCCACUUGUAAAUGUGCCAGGUACAAUGUCGUUGUCUUGAUCAUCGUCACAAACCGAUUUGGGCGUCUGAGUGGCUGACCGCGUGCUGGCGAUAGACGCGUACGUGCGCGGUGGUGCCGGGUCCGGUCUCCAGUCGCAAGUCGUGGG